AUGAGCAUCACCCUCAACGAGAAUGACCUUCGUGCGCUCAAGCGCGCCGACCUCCAGAAGCUUGCCAAGCGCGAGCGCAUUCGCGGGAACAGCAAGAGCGACGCCAUCAUUGCCGAGUUGGUGGCGAAGUAUCCUGGUGGUGUUCACCCGCUGGAGAAAGAACAAGGCCCCGCUCGACGGCCGAAGCGCGUCGACUCGACUCGACCGAAGCAAGAGCAGGAGAAAGAGGAGAUCGGGGUUGAACCUCCUCUUCAUGCCGAGAGUAUCGCGGAGCAUGUCCCGCCGAGGCUGGAAAAGCCGAUGAGAGCCGCCGUAGAUGCUGGCAAUGUGGAGGAGGUACCUCAGCGGCAGCGUGUACCGUCACCACCAUCGAAUCCGCCGCCGCCAUCACAGCGCCGCGAGCAGGACUUAUCCGCCUCGCGCCCGAUCAUGUCGGUCCCAUCCCAAGCGGAGGCUAGCUCGAGUGGCAUGCGCGUCCCGCGCAAUCCUCCGGCAGCCCACCCCCAGCAAAUGCCUGCGUUCGUCCAAGGGUCCUCUGGACUCGUGGACAACCAGGUAUCCGCGCGGCAACGCGAGCAGGAGCGUCUAACGACAGGUGCUCCUGUUAGCGCGGCAGCGCGAACACAUAGUUAUCCAACAGUGCGAGAGGGCGCCUCGUCCAGUACCCAAAAAUUCCCGGAGUGUCCCAAUGAGCGUACCAUUGAUCUCUCGUCACCGAUGGAAGCAGCAGGUGUUAGAGUGUCCACUGCCCCAAUCGCUCCUCGCUCCCGCCGCAUCGCCGUGUCUCCCUCUCUCCCCCCAUCCAUCGUCCACCUACUCCCUCCCACCGCCGACCCGCAGUCCCGCCCUGCCGACGCGCGUCCGGCUCCCCGCCUCUCUGCUUACCCUCCCCGGCCGCCCGUCUUCACGAAGCCGCCUCCCCAACCCGAGCAGCCUGAGGCCGGGCCGUCGAGGUUGCCUGCGCAAGCCAGCCCCUCGCGGGACUCCCCGCGGUCUACCGAACAGCCCGAGGCAGGCCCCUCGAGCUUCGUCUUCCCCCGCCCAUCGCCACCGCAAAGGCCCAGAGCCCCGGCUCCCCGCGAGGAUGAGGAAGUCCACUUCCCCACGGGCUUGCCGCCGACGCUCAGGCAAAACUCACAGCGGCCCGCUGCACCCUUCUCCAUCGGCUUCCAGCCACAGCCGCAGCCCGAGGCUGGUCCCUCGCGGCUGCGCACCGACCCGACCGACCUGCGCUUCAAGGUGCCCGGAACUCCUGCGAAGGUGCGCCAGGCUCGUCGUGAACCCUUCACGCCGCUCAGCGCGAAAAAGGCCGCAGAACGUCAGCCCCCCACAUCCAGGUUCGGGGAAAGCUGGGCCCUUCCUGUACCCGGGCCAUCUUCCGACGGCGCCGAGGCGAUGCUAUCGAACCUUGCCGAAGGGGGCCCCUUCGACGCCGAGAACCAGACGACGUUCGAGCCCGUGCAGGACGACGACAACGAGGACACCAAGGACGACGACGAUCACGACGACGAGCUUCACCACACCUUCGACUUCCCGCUGAGCGAGUCCGAGUCCGGGACUGGGGUAGAGGGGAGACAGGGAUUCCGUGCCAUGUUCGAGGCGUUCCUUAACGCAGAGACUUCUGACCCCGACACGGAGGGCGAGACCGAGGAUGAGGUAGACCGCGAGAUGGCGGAGAUGCAAGCGGAAGCGAAGGCGAGGGUCAAUCCUCCGGAGGGUGACCCACCUCCAAAGCGCACCAGGGGCUGCACGUCAAAGCAGGGCCGGGAAAUCAUAAUAACAACUCACGAGCUGGUUGGAGAAUUCACGGAGGUGACGGCACGGAGGAAGGAUAUGGCUCGCCGUCUCCACCACUUCGAGAGACUGUCGGGGAACGUCGCGAAAUGGAGCCUCGAGCUGCAAGUGAAGCGGCUCAUCUUCGAGAAUUUGAUUGUCAAAAGGCUCAAAGAUGGCAACGUUGGUUGGCUGUCUGGCGAUUGGCCGACCGAAGAGGAAGUGCAGCAACUCAUGGACCAUUCGAAGCAGGCGAAGGUGAACCAGCCGCAAGGCGAUGCGGACGACGACGAGGAGGCACGCGCGGAGCAGACGGAGCUGGGGAGCAGCUACUUCUCCAACAGCUCGGACUUCGGGCCUUCGAUAGAUCUGAUGCACCCGCCUUUGCCGGAACCUGCGGUUGAGUACCGGCCACCGAAACCGAACGCUAGUCGCGGAUUGAACUCGUCGCCCCUGCCCCCCUCAUCGCCGCGCUCCUAUGUAUCCGUACGGAGCCCCCAGCCGGACCCAGUGACGCCACCCAGGCGCACUCAGAAAACUGCGCCGAUGGCGAAGCAGACAGAGUUGGACAACUUCGACGAGCCAUCACCCGAGUCACCCGGCGCAGAAAGGCAUCUGAAGGCGUUUCACCCGUCGACUGUCGUCGACGGUGCUGAGCAGCAGGCGCAAGCAGGCGCAGGGCCGUCCCAGCAAGCCACCAAAAAUCAGGCUGGACCAGCUAGCGCGCUCCCGCCUGACCACGUGCACUGGUCGCCCCGGAGGAACCCCCGGGUUGAAGAGAUAGGCGAGUCGAUCUCGCAGAUCAGGCAUAAGAACUUGAAGCGACGACGAGACGAGGUUGAGGAGGUUGACGAAGCAGGCGCAGGCGGCGUCGAGGAAUACAAAUCUGACAGCCAUGCAAGGAACAGCGCAUUGCAGCCGACGGCGGGUCCUAGUCAAGGACUAGGGUACGUCCCCAAGCCUGUCCCGAGCUAUAACGGCCACGAAACUAGCCACGAGCCCUACUAUUCAUGGGCAGGAUCCUAUACCCAACCGGACGACUGGCGACCUUCCCGCGGUGACAACCUCAAAGAAGUUUUGCCCUCUCCGAAGCGCGCUCGCCGCGACUAAAUAUAACAUUAUCUUGCGCUUGUCUCGUAUGUAGCUGUAGUUGCUCGUUUGUAUCGCGUAUCAUAGAAUCUGUCGUGUAGUUUGUUCCUUUACUUUCGACCUGUUGUUCUAGGAAUUGUAUCAACA